AUGAACAUAUUUAACCCGAGGCGAUAUUCUGAAGCUCCCAAGAUCAAUGCUUCAGAUAAAUUAAAAAUGAUAAAUUCUCCUCGAAAUGCAGCAGAAAACGACCUAAAUGAUUUUUCAGAGAGUUCCAUGGAGGAAUUUCCUGGAAGAGAGAAACUAAAGCUUCCUGGAGUUAGGAGCGUAAAGAAUAAAACUCUCACUUUAAAUCUCCCAAGUUCUAAACGGACAUCUAUUGCACCAAGAAGAAACAUAAUGUCAAUGCAAUCUUCUGAAUUUGAAGAGGAGAAUAUUACUGGAGUGAGGAAAUCACUUGCAAAGGAACUACAAAUUCCAUGGAUAAAUAUCUGCAGAGCUUUAGUCAUCAUUAUCUACUUCGGGAUAACAAUAAUCAUGACUUCGCUCAACGAAGACCUCGACAAGGGAUCUAACGGGGUGUUAUUCCAUGCUAUUGAGAGUGUCUUUAUUUCCUUGUUCAUCUUAGAAAUCGUACUGUUUAGAUAUGCUUUUAAGAGGAAAUAUUAUGAAAAUAAAUUUAACAUUGUUAAUUCAAUGUUUGUUGCACUCAUUUUUGUAUUUUGGCUUCUUGAUAUCGUUAUUACUAACUAUACUGUUAGUGUUCUCCUAAGAAUGAGAGGAUCAUUGAGACUUGUGUAUAUACCAAUUAUCAUUGAGCAUAUCCAUCACCAUAUUAAAAUUAUUAGAGAGGAAGAAUACAGGCAAGAGAUAGAAAAUGGAGAUCAUCCAACUACAGAUCAAAUUGUCCAAAUUUUAAUGAGGAAUAUUGAAAUUAUCAGUGACGAUAGAGUGAAUAGCGAUCUAAAAUAUUGAAUGAAGCAUAUUGCUAAAGGAGAUCUAGACCAAGGAAGUCAGGUAGAUGUUCAAGUACAAGAACUCAAAUCAUUGAAGAGAAGAAGGAAUAAAGUUAAUCCAAGAGAAGAGCAUGCAUGGAUCCGCUCAUUUUCUAACGUUUUCACAUUAAGAAGAGAAACGAAUGAAUCAGGAACUAUCAUUAUGUCUGUGACUAAUAAUCAUAAUUUGGACUCUCUUUUAGAUGUUAAAUUUAACAUUACAGAAGUAAUGGAAAGUCUUGAGACAUUGGACUUUGAUAUUUUUGAUUUUAAAGAAAAGACAGAAAAUAGAGAACUCACAACAGUUGCAUCUUUGCUUUUAAAUAAGCAUUCUCUGUAUACUGAGCUAGGAAUUCAACCAAAUGAAUUUCUUAUUCUCCUAGAUAAAGUAGCUUCUGGGUAUGAUGCUAAAGUCCCUUAUCAUAAUGCCACACACGCAGCAGAUGUUUGUCAAACUCUUUAUUGAUUCAUGGUUAAAGGAAAUUGGAUCACUCUUUCCCAACUAGGAAAUUUGGAUUUAUUAUCAAUGAUUUUGGGAGCUUCAGUUCAUGAUUAUGAGCACCCAGGAGUCAACAACAUGUACUUAAUUAAUUCUUCAGAUAAACUUGCUAUUCGAUAUAAUGAUGAGUCAGUUCUUGAGAACCAUCAUAUUGCUUCAGCAUCAGAUCUUUUGAAAACACCUCAAUAUGAUAUUUUAAGAAAAAUGGAUAAAGAAGAUAAGAAGCAAGUACGUAAAAGAAUGGUCCAUAUGGUUCUCGCAACAGAUAUGAGUAAGCAUUUCAAAGACCUCGGAACUUUCAAAAGUAAAAUGAACACAAAUUCUCUCGACCCAAUUGAUAAAGACCUCCACUUGUGUCUAGGAAUGGGAAUGCAUUUGGCUGAUAUUAGCAACCCGACAAAGCCUUGGCACUUAACCCAUAAAUGGAUUGAACUGCUUUUUGAUGAAUUCUUCAAGCAAGGAGAUAAAGAAAAGAAGUUUAAUUACCCCAUAAGCGAUCUGAUGGAUAGGAAAUCUGUAAACAUUGCCAAAGCCCAGCUUGGAUUUAUUGAUGUCAUUGUGCUACCCUCCUUCGAAUGUUUCUCAGGAUUCUUAAAAAGCAUUGAGGAAAAUAUCAAGAAUAUGAAAUAAAAACAGAGCUAACUGGGCAGAGAGAAUAGAUGAAUACGAAGAGAGGAUGAAUGGAGAAAAGAGACUUCACUCUAGAGGAGAAGUCAUUGAAGAAGUAAAGGAGCUUAGUGAUGAAGAAAGCGAGUCCAAUAAAAUGCUCACUUUCAGAGACUCAACAGAGAAUCAGCAUACCGUUUCCAAACAGAUAGAAGGAUCGAAAAGUGCAAGUGGCUUAGAUAAAGAAUCAUCAUUUGAAAUAGCUUAAAGAGAAGGACUUAGUUUGGAGUUAA